GUUAUGGAUUUUUCACAUAUGCUUUACUUAAUCACACCAACGUCAAGAGGAUAAUUGCUGUCGAAAAUCAUAGUCAAAGUGUUGAAAAUAUUAAAAAAUUAUCAAAAGAAUCCGAUGGCCGAUUAGAGGUGCUGGUAUCUGAAAAUGAGUCGGAAACGUUUAAACAGUUGCAAAAAAAAAAUUUGACUGUGCAUCCUUGGAAAGAAGUUCAUCCAUCAUUGUUUGCCGUGGUCCACGUGCCUAACAAAUCCUCGGGCGCAAUCAUGAUAAAAAAUUAUUUGAACCAAUUUCACGAGAGAACUGGGCUCCAAUCGUUUGGUCGAGUACGAAUGAAUUUGAUCACUCCUUCGUAUGUGGCUGAGAAGGUAGAAGCAUCAGUUGGUGAUAUCAAGAGAUGCAAAACAAGCUUAUUUAGGGAAGCAUUAUCUGACUUUGAGAUGUUGAUGGUGAUUCCGAACGAUGCCUAUACCCCGAAGGCGAAGGAAACUCCUGGUGUACGCGAUCGUGUCGCCGUACGAAUUGCUAAUAUCGUACGAUACAAUCUUAAAUCAAAUAAGAAAAAGUAUAAACCGCAAACAAUUACUAUUGAAAAAAACUGGGUCGAUUCUAGUUACGUGUACGUACCGUCGGAAGAAAACUAUCGAGAAGAUAAUGAUUUCAUCUCGAUCGAUCCUGGCGUGCGCACAUUCUUGACGGGAUAUGAUCUCAAUGAAAAAAUUAUUGAAUGGGAGCAUGAUCCCGUUGAUAAGAUCGAAACUUGCGAAUGGUUGGUACAGUCUAUUUUCAUUUAUAUCAAACUAUGUUCCAUCAUCUUGUUGCACUCCAAGUAUUCAAAACUUGUUGAUAUUCCAGUACCAAUCGAAACAUAUGAUUAUGUUGUCAAAAGUAUGUUGAUGAAGAGACUUUCGCCAGUACGAGAUAUGUUGGGAAAAUUGGGAGCCGGAGCUGAAAACCUGAACAUGAAUUUAUCAUUUGACACACGCACCAGGGUGAUGGAUUUGACCGUUGACCAGUUUGUAGAAUUAGCUUAUCAUUUUGAAAAAUGGCCGUUCAAACCAUUAGAUUUUGAUGUUAGUUCUAUUGACCCUGGAUAUAAUCUUCGUAAAAGAACGUAA